AUGUUCCGGAAUCAAGACAAGCCCAAAGCGGCAGCAGACGAAACGACACCACUUCUGGCGUCAUCGUCCAUUGCACCCACACAGGAUGCAGAAAUCGCAGACACUCUGGUAGCACCGCCGGCGACACUCUCGGACUCCACGCCUGGUGCCGAGGCAGAGCAUCACGAGAAGCCGUUGGACAAGACGCAGAUCGUCUUGCUAUGCUACACAAGAGUCGUUGAACCCAUUGCAUUCUUCUCAAUCUUUCCGUACAUCAAUAAUAUGCUUCAGGCCAACUCGGACCUUCCAGCAUCCGACGUCGGCUUCUAUUCGGGCCUGAUUGAAUCACUCUUCAGCCUCACGCAAAUGUCCGUCAUGCUUCUGUGGGGUCUGGCGUCUGAUCGUAUCGGACGCAAACCGGUACUCGUUUCCAGCUUGGUUGGCGUGUCCAUUUCCACGGGCAUAUUCGGGUUGGCCAGGAACUUGUGGCAGAUGAUCCUCUUUAGGUGUCUUGCCGGCGUCUUUGCUGGUACCAUUGUUACCAUCAGAACCAUGAUUUCGGAACACAGCUCGCCAAAAACUCAAGCUCGAAGUUUUGCUUGGUUUGCCUUUGCAGGGAAUCUGGGUAUACUCUUUGGACCCCUGGUUGGUGGUGCCCUAGCAGAGCCCGCAACCCAGUAUCCGGGCGUCUUUGGGAAUAUCGCCUUCUUCAAAGAGUUUCCUUAUGCGCUGCCGAGUUUCGCUGUGGGCGGCAUUGGCCUGACGGCUGUGAUCACAACAGCCCUGUUCGUGAAGGAGACGCUCAAGAAGCAACCUAGUGAUGGAAGGGCCGACAGCGCCGAGGGCGGCGCAUCGGAUUCUGCCAAGUCUUCGGUGACGAGCACGAGGCAGCUCUUGAAGAGCUCUAGCGUACCAAUGGCCCUGUACAUUUACGGGCACGUCAUGCUGCUUGCUAUCGUAUACACGGCUGUAAUGCCCGUGUUUUGGUUCACACCUAUUUCCCUUGGCGGGUUUGGUUUUACCCCGUUCCAAAUCAGCAUAUUCAUGGGGUUAACGGGCUUCUCCCAAGCAGUUUGGCUCCUUGUAUUCUUUCCCCCAUUGCAACACCGCUUGGGCACAAAUGGAGUUUUGCGUCUUUGUAGUGUGGCAUACCCCUUUGCCAUGGCUGCCAACCCUCUCCUGAGUGUGAUACUACGCUCAGGAGCCGAAUCAGUCUUUUGGUUGCUUGUUCCAAUCUUUUGCCUUACCGCACCCGGAAUUUCCAUGGCGUUUACGGCUGUUCAAUUAUGUUUAAAUGACGUAUCACCGUCGCCACAAUUGCUCGGAACCUUGAAUGCAUUGGCGCUCACAUGCACCAGUGGACUUCGAAGCUUUUCCCCUGCGCUGAUCACAAGCUUAUACGCUAUCGGCGUACGAUCGCAAAUUCUUUGGGGUUAUCUUGCAUGGCUGAUCAUUGUGUUCAUUGCCAUCGGCUUCACGGUUGCUGCUCGCUUUUUGCCAGCGGCGAGCGAGAAGGACUAUCCCGAUGAAAGCACAGAAGGAGAUGUUAGAGAAACCGACAACAGCGCUUCAACUUGA